AUGAGCUGCAGUGCAUUGGAAUCCCGAAGUAACGAAGGCGAUCUAUGUGAAAUUUGCACCGUCUGUGCAGUGACGACCACAACAUGCGGCAGAUCCAAUCUGGCGCGGGACGGAACUCCUGGUGCAGGCGACAUAGACUCAACGAGACGGACUUGGAUUUACCGGUUCUGGAAUGGACUCUUGGACCUCACGCUAGGAAGCGCGAGAGAGUAUCCCCUCGUCAUCGGCGGAUCCCCGGCGACCAUCAAGGAAGCCCCCUUCAUGGCACACCUCACUUUGGAAUUCACAAAUUCAUCCAGUUCUUCUUCGAAAUGGAGGGCGGCCGCGACGUCCUCUUCCUUGUGCACUGCCUCAAUCAUAGGCGAUCGAUGGAUACUCACCGCCGCCCACAGCGUCACUCCGCCGAAAUCCUCCCGCCUUCAGAAGGUGACGGUCUCUGUGGGGAGUGCAGACCGAACGGUUGGAACUCGCAUCACGGCUGAUUCCUACAAGGCUCAUCCCGAUUACAACGCAGGGAAUCCUUACACUGGCAGCGACAUCGCCCCGAUCCGCCUGCCGUCGGCGCUCGCGUUCGGCCCGACGAUCCAGCCGAUCUGCUACCCGACGUCCGACAACGUGGGGACCGCCACGUCGGCCUGCGAGCAAACGUUCUACGGGUGGGGACUCCUUCACGCCACGGACACGACGUCCCCCGUGAACCUGCAGAAAGUGAACGUGAAGGUCACCACCAGCGCCUCUACGGAUUGCUUGGGCGUCGACGGCAAGAUCAUUUGCGUCUCGGGAUCGACCCCGUCGACUGGAACCUGUAACGGCGACAGCGGAGGACCCUUGGUGGUGCGACACGGGGGCAUUGCAUUCGUGAGCGGGGUCAAUUCCUACCACCAGCCGGAGGGAUGCGCGGUGAAGCCGAACGGCCACACCAAAACCUCCGCCUUCGCUUCAUGGGUCCAGUCCACGAUCGCCAGCUGGAGCUAGGCCGCCGAUUUCGAUUUCCCACUCGUCCUUGUGCAAACGGAUUGCAUCGAAAGAAAGCAUUGCAGGACGGUAUCUGGCGGUUCCACUGGGAAGAUGGGUUCAUCAGGAAAAUAUUAGUGUUUGGGGUAUGUGCCUUCACUUUUGAACGAAAUUAUUUUGUGGGCUCGUUACCGUAUCGUAUUGUCUUGAAAUCCCUGUGCAUAAAUUACCAUUCGCUCUAUUCCAGCACCAUUUUACAAUAUAAAAAAACUCGUGUCCUACAAUGUAUUCGAUUUGCGCUGCGAAAUUUGUUGCUUUUUGGCGAAUGGAUACUUACUGAAAUCUCAUUGUCGGGAAUGUGAAGUUAUUCUAUGAAUGUGAAAGUGCAUGUUUUUGGGGGUAUUUGAGUUCGUUACGCAUGCGAAGGGCUCCUCAGUAUUAGUAUUCACGUUGCUUUCUGUUCGAUUGUUUUCGAGGAUAUUUUUCACUUCAAUAUUUCUCAAUGCGAUUCUGUAGUUCUGACUUCCAACGAUUCGAAUGCAUAAUGAAUCAAAGUCACCCGAUGCACACUUUGGGUUUCAAGCAAUAAAGACCUUGUGAUGAUGGC